AUUUUGCAUUGUUUCAAAAACAUCUAACACAUUAUCUCAACAACACCAAACAACAGUAUGGGAUACCAUUUACUCUGUAUAGUUCUUAUUUCAAUGUGGUUGCAUUUAGUGGUUGCUUUCAUCUAACCCACUAACCCUCAGAACUAUGGAAGGCGAAUCAGCUGGCAUUGUUUGAGAGGUAACACAUGGUCCUUGUUGCAUGUGUGCACUAGGGGGCAUGUUUUCCACUUAUCAAGCUAAUUUAUGAUGUAUAGGACUCAAUGAUGAGAAAGUUGCUUUGCUCUUCUAAGAUAAGAUGGCAGAAGACGCCCAAACAAGGAAAGAUGGCCUUAUUCCACCUCCUUUAGCCAAACAUCACCCAGGACCAGAAGACACCUCUGGGGAACAUUCCCAAAAGUUAAUGCCAGGCCAAGUAACCAGAGAAACGUUAUACCAGCAGAGGCAGAAGUGCGAAUUGAAAAGACUCCUGAAGCACACUCAUCCAGAGUUGAAGAAGUUGGAUGAAGUCGUGGACGACGAACUUGCCGAGGUUUUGAGCUCAGAGAGCGGGAUGACAGCUGGUGAAACCGGAUACGAGGGAGAGGUCUUCUCGAGAUGCUUGUUAUUUGAGAACUGUGCUUCGAGCAACAGAGUGUCUCCUUACACUCCCAAGAUGCACAUGUCACACAGACAAGUGGAUGAAGGUGAUAGCAGUACAAAAUCUGCCAUGUUUGAGAAACACGAGCAGGGGCCGUGUCAUGAAAGUGUUACAGAGGUUGUGCAGGAUGACAAAAGACUUCCAGAUCCUAAUAGAGAGUGUGAGGAGGAGGAGAUAAGAAUAGACUUUCAAGCUUCCCGAAGGAUAUUUGAGAGUCAGUCUGAGAAAACAUCUAGGCCAAAUUCAGAUAAUAGGUCACCGGGAAAAGUUUCUACUAUUAGGGAUGACAGGGGGGCCAUCCAAACACAAAAACAGGAGCUUGAAACCUGCAGCAAAGAUAAUCUACAUGGUCAAAACAAGAGCAGUGUGUGUACCACAAGCUUUGAUUUGACAAGUCCGCCACAGAAACAGGAGCCACAUGUUUGUCAAAGCAGUGACCUCAACUUCUCUAGUAGUGAAGAGAUGUUUUCUGGUGACGCAACCUCUGAAGAUGACCCUUCAAGCCUCACAGAUCAAGGAGGACCUGAGGAAAUCAUCCAAACACGUGCAGCUCUUUUCAGAAACAACCCGUUUAUUUCAUCAAACAUAGAACGAGAAAAAUCCCCAAUCCCAGCAAAUAUCUGUGUGGCAUAUGAAGCCCCUUUGAUAACUAAUGUCAAAAACAGAGCCCAUCUGUUUGAAUCAAUGCCCUUUGACCAAAUUAAGCAUCAGAAUAAGGAUGACAUUGAGACAAUGGUGGAAAACAUCAAGGAGACACUGAAUACCCUUUAUCGUGCUAAUGCCAUACAUUCAGAUGGCUCAAUCAUUGAGGUUAAUGAGACAAUGAUAGCAAAAAAGGCUACAUUUGUGCUCCUAGAGAGUCGGCCUGAGAUAAAAUACGACGAGGUGGCUGAAGGUGGUGCACAAAACUUUAUAGUCCAGUUGUUGCCAAGGUCAAACCUGAAACCACAGAUCACUUAUCUCAAGGAGGAUAGAACAGGAAAUAUGGAUGCCACAGUCGUGAGUGUGCCUGUGCACCACUGGCAUUACACUACCAGCCAAGACAUGGAGUGUAAAACUGCCAAUGUAGUUCAGCUUGUGGAGGAUAUUCUCAAUCAGGAUAACUCUUUGAGGAAAGGAGUCCUCAUUCAGGAGGACGCUAACAAAUGUGCAGCAGUCAUUGUUUACUCCCUCUACUUUUACUUUGAUGAGAAAGACGUGAAAGGUUAUUGUGCUCCACAAGGAAAUGAUGCAAAUUAUAAAGAACCGGAAAUAGAGGAAACUCAUGACAUUAAAACAGAGACUCAAGGAGUAAGAAAAGGCAUAAUUGAAUCCACCAUAAGCUGCCUUCUAGAUACUCCUCGAGACCAAAUGUGCACUGGCUCAAUCAGGCCUGAGGUCACUGAAAAAGGGAACGUGAAACUAUUCAAGAGUUGUAUUGAAAAGGGAGAUUUGGAGUAUUUAAAAACUCUGCAGAUUGAAACCACAGAGCAGGAACAAGAACUCACUCCAAACCAGACUGAGGUGGAACAAACAACACAGCUUCAAAGUGAUCAGACAGAGGAGAGUUCUUCAGAGUGGGUCCCAGUGGAUGUAAAGAAGCUGAAAUGCUUGUUCUCUGUGGAUCAAAGACAAAAUCUACCAAAACACACUCAAUCUACCACAUAUUUUAAAGCAAUUCAAGGUCAAAGAGUGGCAAUUGGAAAGAGCCAGAACUCCACAGAGUGUGGUUUUAUUGCACAAGAAGUUUGUAAUUUCACAGCUGAAACAUCUGGGUUUUAUCUACAUCCUGGUCCACAGGAUGACAACGGGGUCCACCAAGCUCAGCUAGUUGAAGUGUUAGAUGAUGACGACGAGAUAUCAAACCUCGAAUCUGCAAUUGAUAGCCUUCAGCAGGCCACGGCUGAGGCAAAAUCUUUGUAUCAGUCAUCACUAAACAAACAGAAACGUCUUUUUCCGGAAUCUGUUGAACAAUUCCCAGGACCAGAAGCUGAAUUGCAUCAAAAAGUGGACUUGCUCUCUUGUACUUCAGUUCAAAAAACAGAUAAUCAAGACAAAAGUACAGAGAUAUGCAAUGAAAAGGAACAUUCAGAAGCUACCCCUUGUAAAAAGAAUCCAAAGGACACAAAUGUGGUCCAAAACAAAUUUGAAACCAUUGUUGAUAGAACAGAGACAAAAUGUGAACAACAGGAGGAUGAAAUAGAUUUUCAGGGUAAAUUUCAAGAAGCUUUGGAUUCCUUGGGGAGAUCCCAUAUUAAUGUCUCAAGGGGAGAUUUCAAAGCAGCUAUGGUAUAUAAAAAAUCUUCCAGAACUCAAAAAGAUGGCUUCCAAAAAGUGGACAAAGCAUCAGUUCAGCAGACUGACAACCACUGUGAAAAGGAUGUGGUCCAAAACAAGAUUGAAACUCUUGUUGGCAGACCAGACACAAAGCAUGAACAGCAAGAGGAGGAUGAAGUUGUUUUUGAAGGAAAACUUCAAGAAGCUUUGGAUUCCUUGGAGAGAUCCAAUAUAAAUGUCACAAGGGGAGAUUUCAAAGCAGCUAUGGUAUAUAAAAACUCUUCCAGAACUCAAAAAGACAGCUUCCAAAAAGUGGACAAAGCAUCAGUUCAGCAGACUGAGAAUCUCUGUCCUCCGAGUGAAUCAAGAUCAUCUCAAAUGAAAUCCAUACAAGAAGAUGUGGUCCAAAAUAAAAUUGAAACUCUUGUUGAUAGCCCAGAAACAACACAUGAACAGCAAGAGGAUGAAGUUGUUUUUGAAGGAAAACUUCAAGGAGCUUUGGAUUCCCUGGAGAGAUCCAAUAUUAAUGUCUCAAGGGGAGAUUUCAAAGCAGCCAUGAUAUAUAACAAUUCUUCCAGAACUCAAAAAGGCAGAUCUCAAAAAGUGGAUAAGGCAUCUUUUCAGAGGCCCAAUACUGCGGAGCUCUGUCCUGUGAUUGAAUCCAGAUCUGCUCAAGUUAAAUUGUUACAGGAGCAGAUGAAUGUGCCCAAUGUGGAGCGCCAUAACCAGAGUGAAACCCUCAAUAAAUCAGCUGCAAGAGCUGCCACGGAGGAAAACAAAAGACCAAUUGUUUCAAAACCAGCCAUCCCACCUAAACCAAAGCAUCUGAAAAAGAAAAAAAGAGAUAGUCAAUCAAGCGACACAAAAGAAUUUGAGUCAAACCAAACAGACAUUUUAAGAUCUGAAACGAAACUGCAAUCUCACGAAAAAACCGUAUGCAAGGAUGAAGAUGUGUCAACCAAGAACCAACCAAAUAAAAUAAAUGCCACACCUAAAGUGAUAACCCCCGAGGAAAGAAACCAGGCCAAAGACACAAUGAAUGAAACAGAUGAGAGUCAUGUAGAUUUCAGUGACGCGUGCCAAAAAUUUGGAGGUAAAAAGUCUUUGUCUAUAAAAAAUGCCCCUGUGAAGCCAAAACGGGUCAAACUUGCCAACCCCGACAACAAAAAUCCAAAAGAUACAAUUGAAGCUAACAAAUCCACUAUUCUUUCACAUAUGGAUUCUAAACCACAGCAAACUGUUACUGAUCCAUGUCACGAUGGCAAAGACCGGCACGAGACUGGGGGACAAAUUAAACAAGAAAGUAAAGUUGAGAUGAGAGAAAAGAGAGCGCGAACCGAGACAGAGGACGAGCGCCGGCAGCGUUUGUCAGUUCACAUGGACGACAUCAUGAGAGGGAACAUAACAGCAGCCAUGGAAAUUUUUGAUAACCUGCAAAAGCAGGAGGAGCUGCAGAACAUUCUGAGUCGCGUUGAAGAAAUUGAGCAAGACACGAGCGAGGUGGAUGUGAGAUCUAUGAGGAGGGUGUUUGAGAACGUGCCAGAGUGGGUCGUCACCUCCAACGACAAGAAACAGAAAAAGCUAGAAGUGGAACAGAGAGAGGAGACAUCACCGUUGAUGGAUAACCCUCAAAGCAAGUCAUCGAUGGCACAUAUUUUUGGUGAUCUUGAAAGAGCUAGUGAGGAAAUUAUGAAUCUGAAAGAGCAGACCUUAGCCAAACUUAUAGACAUAGAAGAAGCCAUAAAGAAGGCUCUUUGCUCUGUCUCGACAUUGAAAUCUGACUCAGAUAUUGCUGGUUUAUCGUGCUUGUUCAAAGAGUCCUUGGGUAUGAUAAAAGAAUCUCCAUCUUCUGAAAAUAUUAGUAAAAUUAGUAUUGGGUCAUGCAGAACAAAAUCACAGGAAAGCCCUACCACAAAGGGAAACAUGGCUAGACAAGGUGCGGCCACUGAAGUAGCCUCUACAAAGCAACCACCAAGUCCCCCAUCUUCACCUGCCUUCAUCUCCAUAGAGUCAGGCAUUAAAAAAAUGGAUAAAACAGAUAUGGCACAGCCAGAGUCCGCAAUUUGUCCCAUGUGUCAGCACAACCCAAAGACGGAAGAGAAAUUCCGCACAACAAAGACCCUGACGUGCCACAGCCCAGCUCAAAAAGAAGGUCAAAAACAAUCCACCUACAGUCCAGUUAAGCCCAAACGAGAGCGCAGCGUGCUCGAGGUGCAAAACGACCAAGAGGGGAAUCCCAUUGUAGGAACCAAAACAGUCACACAAAACUAUGAGCGUACCGAUCACUUUGGUAAUCGGUUUUACUCGUCCAAAACGGUUGUCACCACGCAACCAGAAACCAUGCUAACAGCCACGAGUCCAACAUCUGUCAGUGCGGCGACACAUCAGGUCACAACAUACCCAGAAGUCCACCUGCCAGUCAACCGUAAUACUAAGAUGGUUUAGUUGUAGUUAUUGAGUGGCUAUGUUUGGACUUUUUUUUAGAUUAUCAGUGACAAAUUUGUCUAUAUUUAGCUUUUUUUGUUUAUACAUAAAAAGGUUGCCAUUGCAGUACAUGUUUUAAUGUUUGACUAGUUUUUUUUGUAUUCUUGAAACGUACAUUUGAAAUUAAACACACUUUUUGGUUUUGAGUAAUGUCACGUUGUUUUGUUGAUCUU